AAAACUCGUUAAAAAGCUACGUAUAACCAAAACCCUGCCUUCUUCCCUUCAUCAUCUCUCUCAUUCUAUAAGCAAAAAUCUCACCAAAAAAUCCAUGGCUGCUAAGAACAACAUAAAAAAGCGAAAACUCAUCAAGAACACAGAUUCCAUAGCUACACCCUCUAAAAUCAAGAAGCAGCAAAAAACACCCAAACCCAAUAAGCCAACCCGACCCGAACCCACUUCCGAUUCGGAUUCAGACUCCGACCCAUUACCCACAAAAAUCCAGAAACUUCUAGAGCCUUACACAAAAGACCAACUGAUUACCUUAGCUGUGAACACAGCACUUUCACACCCAUCUUUUUACAACCUUAUCCAAUCAACAGCAGACAAAGACAUAACUCAUAGGAAAAUCUUCGUUUACGGCCUGGCGCGUGACACCACGCGCCAAACCCUACUAUCCGUGUUCGAAGAAUUCGGUGCAGUUGAGGAAUGUAACGUUGUGAUCGACCAUGUAACGGGAAAAGCGAAAGGGUAUGCUUUUAUCGUGUUUAAAACUCGAAAAGAAGCCGAAAAAGCGCUUAAAGAACCGCGAAAAACGGUUAAUAAUCGCGUCGUUUCGUGUAAGUUGGCUUCGAUGAAGAAGGAGGAGUGUGUUGUUUCUGGUGAUAAUAACAAUGAGUUUGGUAACAGGAAGAUAUAUGUGAGUAAUGUGAGUAAGGACGUUGAUUCGGAGAAAUUAAGGAUGUUUUUCGCGAAGUUUGGGGAAAUCGAGGUUGGACCGAUGGGAUUUGAUCCAACGACUGGGAAAUCAAAAGGGUAUGCUUUGUUUGUGUAUAAAAGGGUAGAGGAGGCAAAGAAAUGUCUCGAAGAGCCGUGUAAGUUGUUUGAAGGGAGGCAAUUGUAUUGUAAAAAGGCGGCUGAGGGGAAAAUUGGUGGUGGAGCGGCGAGUAUUACUACUGAGAUUAUACAACAGCCUGCCCUGUUGGCAAUGCCGCCACCCGGGCAAGGUUUGUAUGGCAUGGGGAUGGUUGGUCAGAACGCAAAUGUGGCGAUGAUGAAUCCGUUUUAUGGCGGAGUACUUGCUAACCCAUAUGCAGGAUAUGUGAAUCCAUUUCUAGGAGUUGGUGGUUUCGGGCAGCAAAUGGGUGGUGGAAUGGGGAUUGCAGGAUAUGGUGGGUUGUUAGAUAGUUUAGGAGGGGGUGUUUCGGGUUUAGGGGCAUAUGGUGGUGGUGUUGGUAGCAGCACUGGUGGUUCUACUGGUGGAGUGGGGCCCGGCUUAUUGCAGGCCUAUCCGAAUAAGCAGCUUGGCCAACAUUCAACUGCUAAGCUUCCAGGGAGUAGUUGCUACUCGUCACACUUGUGAUGAACAGUGCCUGUCUAUGAGGAAACAAAGAUAUGGAAGCAUUGAUGAGUGUCUAAGGGGUGCCUCUUUAUUUCUUUACUUCAUAUAAUCCAUACUUCUUACUGAUAAACCACGUUCCUACCGGACGUGGUAGAUUUUAUGUCUUAUGUCAUUGACUUUUUUUGUUUUUGUUUUUGUGGACAAAUUCCUCAUUUUUCCUUUGACUUAUUUUGAAGUGAAUUUUUUUUCUUACUCUUA